GCAGCAAAUUCUCAAGGUAUACAAACUUUGUUAGAAGCUGAAAAAGAAGCUUCGAAAGUGGUACAGAAAGCAAGGCAAUACCGCGUACAGAAACUUAAAGACGCUAGGACGGAAGCUGCAAAAGAGAUUGAAGAGUAUAAAGCUGAGAAAGACGCUGAGUUUAACAAGUUUGGAUUGGACCAUUCAUCCGAGACUACUUCAUCUCAAACUACUUCAGACGCUCAAACAAAGAUUCAACUUUCCGAACUUGACGUCGCUGUGGAGAAGAAUAAGCAUUCGGUGAUUGAUAAGAUUGUGGAAAGGGUUUUACAAUGUGAUCCUCAUCUUCAUCAGAAUUUGAAAAAAGUUGAGGCGUGA